AUGUCGGACACGGACGCGUACGACGCGUCACGCGUGGUGGAUUUGGUCGAGGGUGAGACGACGAGAUACGUCGGUGCGGACGUGGGAAGCGGGGCGUUCGUGAUGUAUCGAUUUGAAGUCGCGUGCGCGCCGACGGACGCGGAGAUUUCGUUUCGGCGCGCGGCGCGCGCGCGGGCGACCGAGGAGACGAACGGUGCGACGAACGGGGUGGAUGCGGCGGAGAUUCUGUUUGUGCUUCGACGUGGGCGAGUGGCGAAUCCGAAGGUGCUCGGUUUCGAUGUGGAGGACGCGAUUACGUACACGAUGUUUCCGUACGAAGACGCCGGAAACGUCGACGUGCGCGGCGUCGAAACGGGGGCGUGGUACUUACAGUUGAUCGUCGUCACCGGACGCCUACGAUCGGGGUUCGAGAUCACGCACACGCUGUUCGGUAGUCGUGCCGCGAAGUACGCCGAGUUCAACGGGUGCGAGCUGGACGAUGGAACGCUCUCGGUGAGCGUCCGAGGGGCGAACGAAACGAGGACGUUUCGAGAGCCGUUCGUCGCGGAGCCGGAUUACGGAGCGUGCGGGAACGACACGCACUCGUGUUACCUGGGGGAGAAACACUCUGGAUUUCCCGAUCAAGGUCGAGGCGCGGAGAGAAUGGGUGUCGGACCGAUCGACGCCCGAGCGGUGGUCGCUAUGUCGAUCCCGGUCAGGUUCGAUUCAGACUUUUUCCUCCUCGCGGGCGACGCGAGAAAAUUCCUAGGUGACUACGAACGCGGCUGGUUCACCACGGACGGCUUGCUGAACGCGUCGCUGACGAGUGAUCCAUCGAGAUUGCUAUCUCAGAUGACGGUCAAUCGCACGGAAAUGCCGUUCGAUCACGAGGCGUGCGGAACGUUGCUCAACGCCGCCGAUUUGCGAGGCGCCGUUUGCGUCACCUCGCGCGGCGGAUGCUUCUUUUCCCAGAAAACGCUCAACUGCCAAAACGCGGGGGCCGUCAUGACUGUGAUCAUCGAUACCGAAUUUGAACCCUUGGCGGCGGUGAACUGGAUCGGUUCGCAUCCGCCUUCGAGCUUACGGAUACCUACAGUCGUGAUGAACUUGAUCGAUGGAAACAAGCUGUUGACUCGCAUAUACGACGAACCCGAGGUGAACAUCCGCGCAGACGUGUACGAGUGUCGUCCUAAAGUGAAGUGCCAGACGUGUGCCCCGGGGCUGACGUCUCCUGAAACGAAUUGCACGACCGCCAGGUGUCCCGGCAUGGACGAGCUCUUCUCGUACAAUUGCUCGGCGCGAGGCGAGUGUCGCUUUGACUCGAAUCAAAUCGAGUUUUCGUGCGCAUGCGAGGAUGGGUACUCGGGAAUCGGGUGCGAAACAACCGAUGCGAUCCAAUCCGAUACCAGCCGCCACCACGUCAACAAGGGCACCGAGCGCGCAGUCAUCGGAGUCGUAUGUGGCAUUUUCUCGGCGGUCGUCUUGCUCCUCGUCUUAGUUCAAAUUCGUCGUCGUCGAAUGCGCGGCGGACUCCCCGCGCACUUCCUGUGGAAGCCCGACGACGACGAACCAUCGAAUGUCACGAAUCGAGCUGUCGCGUCGACGUUGGCGGCGUGA